AAGUCAUUUUUUUUUUCAUUAUGUUCAUAAACCCAUACCUUUAUCACCAUCAGCUAGAUUUCGUUUUGUGCUUCGUAUAUCUUAAAAGAUUUUAUUAGAUAACAUUUUUUUUGCUAUGGAUCAUAAUUACCACUACUCCAUAAAAAAUCCGGAUUUGAGAAAUACCGGCUACAUUGUUGCAAUGGCUAAUAUACAAGACAAGCAUGAUAGAUCGACUCCUUCUCAUUUUCAUUGGAAAAUUCUAAAGUGCAGGAUGAUCAUAUUUUCAAAUUCGUCUAUUUUGGCGUGUCCGGAUAAAAAAGACGUGAAACAAGUCCAUAUCGUAUUCAACAAAGUGGGCGACGAUUACGACAAACUGAAUUCACUGUUUAUCAAAUUCUCUUUAAGGCAGGAUGGGGCAAUUCGUUCGACUACGCCAGAAAUAUUCCAGAUGUGUUUCACAUAUACUUUGAUGGCGAAAAUUGCACCAACGUGGAAUGUCCUAGGUUUCGAUUAUCUUGUAAACAACAGAGAUUUCCUAAUCGCUAAUGGGAUACAAGAAGGAGUUAAAUAUCAAAUUGUAUCUGACGAAUCCUACACCGAUCUAACACUUAAGCCGGUGAACAUAAAUAUAAUCAAGGCAACUGAAGAUAUUGCCCCUGGAGAAUAUGUAAGAGUUUUACCAAGUUUGAACAAGGCUGUUGUAGAAGAAUGUAACAAGACUUUGCCCGAAGUAGGAAGUUUUAAGUUUUACAAAGACAUACGUCGGCACUGGAAAAACAUUCACGGCUACCGAUUACCGGACGAUGAAACUUCUUAUUACAUGAUCAGGUUCUGGCGAGGAGAGCCACUGACUUAUCCAGAUAUUUGCGUGACAAGGCAUUUACCCAUUAUAACGCCAAUGCCUAGACCCAAAGAGGAAAUAGUGCUCUCAAGAUUCGUGAGCUGCCUGAAAAGUAAAAUACCUCAUUUUCUCGGUGUUCCAAUGACAAUACAAAUUAAGGAAACCAUGGAACCGAUGAAGGUAAGACGCCUUUUUUAUUCUAAAUAAUAUAAUAAAAUAUGAAAUAGAUACCUGAUUCUCUUUGCCUGAUAUAUACUAUUAGGUAC